CGAGUUAGGUGCACUUGAUGAGUAAUCAGCGCGCGCGCGGAUCACAGGCCGUGGGAACCCGGCGCGGAGAGUGGGACAUCCUCCACCAUGGCUCCGUUUGAGAAAGCCCAGCACCCCAAGCCUUUCAAACAGAGGAAGAGCUUUGCAACGCGAAAGCAGGAGGUGGCGGGAAUCAGGAGCAAAUUUCCAACCAAAGUGCCGGUGAUUAUAGAAAGAUAUCAUCGUGAAAAAUACCUUCCGCCGUUGGAUAAAACAAAGUUCCUUGUUCCCCAAGAACUCACCAUGACACAGUUUGUCACCAUCAUAAGAAACCGGAUGACGCUCAUGCCAAGCCAGGCUUUCUACCUGCUCAUCAACAAUGCGGGCAUCGCCAGCAUGUCUCUCACUAUGGCACAAGUGUACAAGGACCACAAAGAUGAGGAUGGCUUUCUCUAUAUGACCUAUGCCUCUCAAGAAAUGUUUGGACACUGUGGAAGUGUGUAUCAGCUCUCCAGACGAUGAUCUGAAAUGUUGCAUUGGGAUGAGGGGGUGUUUAAAAACUUUAGGUGAAACACUAUUUAAGAAUGCUUGUACAUAAUAUUGAUUUGUAUAGUUUUAAAAAUUCUGCAUUUUUGUGUGUAAUGGGAGUGUGUUUUAAUUAACAAAGUAAUAAAUUGUAUCUGUCA